AAUAGCUGUAGUAAGUAAUCUGAUUUCAGUCUUGGCAUAAAGAUGCUUGUGAGACCCUGAAAGAUUAGAAAUUCAUUACUGUUGGUCUUAAUGAUUAUCAUAGUCUUGGUAAUAAGUGUUUUGACUUCACUACUCUAUCUUGUUGCAGAACUUUUGUGAUGCCUUCUAGGAUGUGUAUUAAUCCAAUACAUAAUAAUAAAGGGCUUUUUCAUCAGUCAGACAAUGCAAAUUCAGAGGAAAGGUGGGCUGCUAGCUCCUGUGCCAUGGAUUCGUUGUAUGAUUUGGAGCUCAUUUCCAACACUGUUCCUGUAGUUUUUGACAAUUCUGAAACAUGGCAUCUGGCUCUAUCAACAAGCUUGAAGUUGGGGAGUAGAGGGAUGGCCCAUGUACAAAAAAUUACUCGUGUUGAUCUCAAAGAGAAAAGUCAAUAUUCAAAUAUCUUGCUCAUUAAUCGAACUGCUAGCCCUCUUGCAUGGUUUAUGGAGUGCAAAGAUCGAAAAAACCACACUGCUACAAUGUUGCCAUAUUCAUUUCUUCCUUCAAUGGCUGCCCAGAAACUACGACAUGCAGCAGAAAAGUCUUGUAUGCUCAUUUAAAUGAGUGUGCGACGUUGUCAUGGAGCUUGAGGCGUGACAGUUAGGAAAUGGAGACUGUUGGUUUAUCAGGUGGUAUGGACCUAAUAGCCGUAAUCAGAGCCUCAGGAAGAAUUAGUCAUGCACGGGGUCUCAAUGUUCCUAGUUCGGGUAUUGUUGGUGAGCAAUUCAUUGAGAAGAUUCGUAGGGUAAGAGGGUUGGAGGCUUCCAGAUAUGAUGUUUGCAACCAAGUGUAGUUUAUCUGAUGCAUGCAACACUAUAGCCAAACAACUUGAGAAUGUUUACUCAUCAAUUGCGGCAAGUUUU